UGUAAUUUUUACGGUUCACCUCAUGACGUCAAAACAACCAACAUGGCAGCCUCCAUGUUCCAGCGAAAUAUUCCAGUUUUUAAACAAAAUGUUUCCGCUGCAUUUGGAAAUAGCAGUCUAGUUGUAAAGACAAUUGCAGUUCUUGUUUGUUUAGGCUACUUUUUAUCCUUCAUUCCAGGCGGAACGCCGUAUAUCACCGUCACCCCAGGCUAUGUCCUGCCCCCAAAUUUCUGGGUUUGGACAUAUCUCACUCACAGUUUUAUUGAAUUCCAUUUCUGGGACGUAUUGGCAGACGUUUUAGUUGUUAUUUUAUGUGGCAAGUUACUUGAACCGUUAUGGGGUGCCAUGGACAUGCUGAUUUUCUUUUUAAUUACAAAUUUUUGUGUUGCCAUAGCAACUUCUUUUACAUAUUUAGUGAUUUACUUGGCAACAAAGAAUGAGGAGUAUCUGUUUGACACCUACAUUCAUGGCCUUGCAGGAUAUAUUGCAGGAUUUUCAGUUGCAGUUAAGCAGGUCAUGCCAGAUCAUGUGUUGAUAGCCUCGCCUUUUGGGAAACUCCGAAAUACACACAUUCCAUUGAUCCUCGUGACAGUUGUAAUAACAUUAAGAUUACUUGGUGCACUGGAUGGUCCGUACCCUCUUAUGUUCACUUGGGGAGUAGUGAUAAGUUGGAUUUACCUGAGAUUCUACCAGAAACACACAAAUGGAAACAGAGGUGAUAUGGCUGAGAAUUUUAGCUUUGCAAGCUUUUUUCCAAGCCAGAUGCAGCCUGUUGUUGGAGUGUUGUCAAAUUCUGUGUUCUCUGUUUUUGUCAAACUGAAGAUCUGCAAGAAGCCGCAAAGACACUAUGAUGUUAGUUCACCAACUACAAUAACAAUUACUCUGCCGGGUACCGAUCCACAGGACGCUGAAAGGAGGAAAAACUUGGCUAUAAAAGCAUUAAAUGAGCGUCUGAGUAAAGCAAGUGAGCCAUCAGCAAGCUGGCCAUCUUUGGAGGAAGAGGAUGAAAAAUCAGAAGACAAAAAUAAAUCAGCGGGUGAGGAGACAUCACCAUCUCCUCAGCAAAGUGAAAGCUCAGCAUAAUUUUACAGCUGUCCUUUUUUAUUUUUUUCUGUGAUACUCAAAAGGAAAGCAAGCACCGCCAAGAAGAAAGGCCCUAUAAGUAACGUGGGCCAAGGUUUUUAUAACUGAAUUCGGAGAGCAGCCUCAAAAUGCUGACUUUCCAUUGGCCAAUUUCAAAUUUGUGCUCAGAAUGCAGACUUUCAUUGGUCAAUUUCAGAUUUGUGCACAAUAUGAAGACUUUCCAUUGGUCAGUUUCAAAUCUGUGCUCAGAAUGCAGACUUUUCAUUGGUCAGUUUCAAAUCUGUGCUCAGAAUGCAGACUGUUCUUUGGUCAAUUUUAAAUUUGUGCUCAGAAUGCAGACUUUUCAUAUGUCAGUUUCAAAUUUGUGCUCAGAAACAAACCAGUCAGAUGCUUGGAAGUUGAGACUCCAAAUUCAGUUUUGUAACCUUGUGCCCAGUUCUCACUAUCUCAAAUUUUGAGCUGAACCUGUUAAAUAUUGUGUAUAUAAAGCUAUGUUGAAAUUAUAUAGAUGGUACAUUUUGUUUAUUGUACAUCAUUGUAAAAAAAUGGUACCCAAUGGUUUGCUUAGAAGAAAGUUUUGAGUUUUAUUAUUUCAGUAUAGGAAAAGUUAUUGUUGUAUAUUCUACAGAAUAUAUUAUGGUAUACAAUACCUAUAUAUGUGUACUUGUUACCUAUAUAUACUUGAAGGAAGAUGUUGAGACAGGGCUCACAAAUACUGUUCUAGUGCUCCACUUCACUAACAUACUGCAUACAAAUUACAAAAGCUGUCCCCAAAAUUAUGACACAGUAUCUUUGAUAUGAUCUGCUUCUGAUUUAAAUGUAUAAUACAGAACAUGAAAGUCCCACAAUAUCUUUCCUUAUUGUAUACUGCAAAGGUUAGAUAAACAAAUACGGCUAUGAACUUGUUUAGCUUCCUUGAAUCUUAUCUGUACUAGGUAAUAUACUCUAGUAUCUUACAAUUUAUAUUAAUGAUAUAAAUAGGUUUGACUGAUUACUUCCCUUUAGUAGGAUUGAAUUUUGGUCACAACAAGAAGUUAAAUUUUUUUUAUUAGCUUCAUUGUUCCAAAGUUUUGGUUUAGGUAAUUUAAUAGAUAUCUUGGCCAUAUUCUUGCAUUAAAUUGGCAAUUUAUAAAAAAAAAUAAUAUGAAUUAUUUGUCAGCCUGUCAGACGGUAUUGUUGACAUUAUUGAAUCUGAUUACAUCCUUUCUAUAAGACUGAUUUUGUUAAAUUUUUCAUAACUUUGCAUUAGAUGCUUUCUUCAAAUGAUUAGUUUUGAAAACUGUUCAUUUGUUUUCGCUUUAGAUCACUGAAUAAAAAGCUCUUGUGACUUAGGUUUUUUCUAUUUAAGUCUGUGCUUCGCAUUUUAAUACAUAAAAUUUACAAUUUUGUGUGUAUAUACCUUGUGUUUAUUUAAAGGACUUCUUUUAGGUAAUGCAGAAGUCACUUUCUUCAUGACAUAAUUCCAGCAAAUAUAUGAAAUGAUGUGCUUGUAUUUUUUUAUCCAUAACUCAUUAUUUUUCAAUUGUUUUAAAGUUUUUCGUGUGUGCAAAGUCUAUGGUAGGAUGUGUGUAUUGCAAAAUAUUUUUGAAAACAUAUUUUAAACGUUAUUGUUUAUUAAAAUGGAGUGAAUUUUGAUAGUGGAGUUUGUGCUUGAAGGGUAAUUCUGAUUGAAUAAUUUAUGAAAAAUCCACCCAGUUGUUAUUAAACAUUUUAUUGACAUUGUUAAGAGAAAAAGGUUAUUUCUGACUGCACUUCCUGAAUAAAUAGAUGCAGAUAUGGCAAUGUUUGCAUAAGCAUUAUUAUGCCCCCGAAGUGAGGCAUAUUAGUUUUCAACUGUCAGUCCGUUAGUUCGUUCGUUUGUCACAACGUUAACUUUUUGCAUGAAGGCACUUUACUCGCGAACCACUGCACCCAGGACCUUCAAACUUCACAUGCUGAUAGUACUUAGUGAGUACACGACCCCUUUUGACUUUGGGGUCACCAGGUCAAAGGUCAAGGUGCUGCGGGGGCAUUUGUCACCAUUAGUGACAGCUCUUGUUUUUUCUAUUGUAUUGUUUACAAAAGCUUGGGCGAUUUUAUAACAGCGGUGCAUUCACUGCAAAUCAGGGGUAGUGUCAGCUUCAGAGAUUGACUUCUUAACACAAUUAUUGUUGUGAAAAUCGCCUUAUAAAAGUGAUAUGACAAAUACAUGAUCUAUAGUUGUAUAAACAUUUGUAGGUCAGGUUAGCAUAUAUAAAAGGCUAGAAAAAAAUAGCCUUGUACACAGUCUUAAUGGAGUAUCUGUCAGUACAGAGAUGAAUAGUGAUCAUUUCUUUAUCAGCACGCAACAGCUUCUUUAGUAAUAAUGCGGAAUAUUUUUAAAAGCUUCAGUGAAUAAAAAUUUUUUUUUUUAAAUUUCGUGGCCUCAACGCGAAACUAGUCUAUCUGCUUCUAUUUCUGUAUACACAUAGACUAGUUUCGCGUUGAGGCGACGUAUUGUUUUGUAAAAUAGGGGGUUUUUGUUUGCUUUUCGGUAUUUAUUAUUUUUCUGUAACAUGUGUAAAUAGCAUUUUAUAUCUGUAUGAUUGUAAAAAAGUGCAGCAACUAUUUUAUCAUUAUUAACAUUAUUGGAAUUGUGCCACUACGGUAUGUUUUCGCUUAUAAGACGCACUCGCUUAUAAGACACACCCUGACAUCAGACAUGGAAUCUGGGGUUUCUUUUUCUUUUAACUCCCAACUCUUAGUAACUACAGUUCAGAACUGGAAAUAUGACUUAUAAUAAUGUGUCUUAUAAGUGAAAAUAUACUGUAAUCAUGUAAUCCCUAGACUUUUUGUGUCAGAUUUAACAGCAGAAAUUUUUUUUUUAAUUUGAAUGUCAUACAUUUCCAGGCUGUUUGGUUUACUCUCUCUCUCUCUUUCUCACUUUCUCUCUCUCGCAAACUUUAAAGAAAUUUUAAGAUUUUGGUGGGAAGUCUUGUAGGGAAAUGUUUCAUGAAUGGACGGUUCUGAAAUUAAUUUGAAAUGAGUAUAGUUGUGUGCACAGUAAAAAGUUUUAACUGAGAAAUAUUUACAAAUUCUGCAGUGGAUAUUUUGCAUAACUUUAGAAGCGCAGUAUAAUUCCAUGAAAAAACCUUGUUUAAAAAUGACACACGAAUUAAUGUCAUGCACUUGAUAUGAAAUUUGAAUAGCAGUAUGGAAAUACUAUGGAGAUUCCUUGUUUCAGUUGAGCUGAGUAGAGUCCAGAGAACUGUCAGUGUAAUGUUAAGCCAAUAAAAAAAAAAAGAAAAUUGUAUAUACAGUCACAUCUGACUGGCCAUUGUUGGGAGCAAACUGUGGUUUACAAAGGGCUUCAGUUUCUGCAUUAUUAUGAUAGCUUAUUAGGGCCUCAACUGGGCCUCAGAACGUUGUAGCCACUUUUUGAGAGCAACUGCCAAAUUGAAGCUGAAUUGCUGAAAUUUGACCCCAUUUUAAUAAAAUUCUUGUAGCCACUUUCAAAAACCUGUAGUCAGUUCUUUAAAUUUGUUGGCUAUGUUUGCGAAUGGUAGAGGAGGCCCUGGCUUAAUGUACUUGUAUGUAGUUACUGCAAAAGAAAACUCAUAUAUAAAUGCACUAGUAUUUUUGUAGGUAGAAUAUAUGUAUCUUACUAAAAAUUAUACAUUGUCUGAACUUGGAGAUUUCCCCUUUUAGGCAUUAUCUGGUUAUUGUAUCCUCUAUAAAAUAAAUGUUAUAUCCACCUUGAGCAAUGACCACAAUCACUAUUACAUAUAUAGAUAGUUUUACAUGCUUAUAAAAGGGGUACUAAAUUUACAUUUUUCUGUCUUGUUAUUUUUUAUUGACUCUGUAAAGAGGCGAGACCUGGAACCAGAUAAUGCCAAUAGAUCAUAUGUUUCAAAGCAGAUUUUUAUUUCCAUUGAUAAGAACCAUUGUGCACUAAUAAAUCGUGUACACAGUCAUGUAUUUAAGACUGAGUAAAAUUGAAAUUUUCACCAAUAUAUUAACUUUUUAACGCAAUGAGUCAAUGUCACAUUAAAAUAAUAUCAAAAAUAAUGUCUGAUACCCAGAAAGGACUUAACAUGAAAAAAAACAUAUAUACUAUAUAUAUGAGCCAAGCCAUGAGAAAACCAUCAUAGUGCAUUUGCGACCAGCAUGGAUCCAGACGAGCCUGCACCUCCGCACAGUCUGGUCAGGAUCCAUGCUGUUCACUUUUAAAGCCUAUUGCAAUUAGAGAAAUUGUAAGGGAACAGCAUGGAUCCUGACCAGACUACGCAUCUGCACUUGUCUGGAUCCAUGCUGGUUGCAAAUGCACUAUGUUGGUUUUCUCAUGGUGCGGCUCAUAUAUACUGUAUGUUGAACUCUUUUAUUCACUUGCAAUGAAAAACAUGAAAUCAACAUGAUUAGAAUUCCAUUUAUUAAAGAAAAAAGCCGCAUUUUAUGAGACUUAUGAAAAAAAGUUUGAGCCACUUUCAUGACAUUAUAGCAAAAGCCUCAAGUGGAGAAUGGCAUCAUUUAAACUCUGACUAUGUGAAAAAGAUUACUAAAUCAGCUUAAAUGGUCCCAUUUAAUCAAAAGCAUUUUCCUCAAAAUGAUCAUAUCUACCGAUAGUCUUUAUUUGAUGGUAAAAUAGACAACACAUGAAAAAAGAUAUUUCUGUGCACAGAACUGUUAUUUUCUCAUUGGCUUCCAUUGUUAGAACUUGUUCACAGAAAUAAGUCUAGCCAGAACAAACAUUAUGCACACUCACACUGUAUCUUUAGACUGGUCCAUCAUUCAGUUUGGGCAAUACCGUUGAUUAUUCGAAGGAUGUUCACUAAAUUUUUACUGACUGAAUAGCGAACAGUGCAGAUCAAGAUCAGCCUGCACAUCCUUGUAGGUAGGCAGAUCAUGGUCUACACUAGUUGCAAAGGCAGAAUCACUUACCACCAGCAGGCUAAAGGUUAGUUAUUUGCAUUUUUUUCUUAUUUAGAAUUUCUUCGGAAAUUAUUUGAAUGAACAGAGUAAAUUGAAUUUUACAUUGUAGAUUUUUUUGGACCCAUACAUGUAGAUCUACCUUUAUUAAAUCAUAUUCUACAUUGUAGAGCCAGAUUUUAUGUUAAUGUGCACAGCUACCUUAAGGAAAGUCAUUUAUUCUUCAGUGCUGUUUUGUACCGAGAUUUAUGUUGGUGUAUUUAUUCUGCUAUUAAUGCUUUAUAACUUAUUUAAAAUUUGCAAGUACUGGUAUCUGUUGUGUAAUGGUUUAUGAUAUGAGCCGUGCCAUGAGAAAACCAACAUAGUGGCUUUGCGACCAGCAUGGAUCCAGACCAGCCUGCGCAUCCGCGCAGUCUGGUCAGGAUCCAUGCUGUUCGCUAACAGUUUCUCUAAAUGCAAUAGGCUUUGAAAGCGAACAGCAUGGAUCCUGACCAGACUGAGCAGAUGCGCAGGCUGGUCUGGAUCCAUUCUGGUCGCAAAGCCACUAUGUUGGUUUUCUCAUGGCGCGGCUCAUAUGUUGCAAAUAAUGGUAUAUGUUUAUGGAUUAAUAAAAGAUUGUCUUUACUAUUUAUGGAAA